GGUCUCCGGAUGUGUUCAUUCUGGCGAUGGACUACUGCAAAACUGGGAGAGCGCGGCGGCAUUUCAUCUUCCAGCCCUGUGCCUGCGCAGCGCUCUGGCGUGUGAGCUUGCAGCUGAACCUGCCAGCCCUGGCCCGGAAGCUGGCAAUCUGGAUCGGACUCUCGGUGACCACUCGCAGUGGGGAGCAGAGUCGGAGCAGCCUGCUCGAUGUGCCGGUGGCGGGCGAGGACGCCAUCCUGGGCCGCGUGCUUGAGCGCGCCGCCGAGGACGCCGAGUGGCUUGCUGUCGCUAGGGUGCUGCUCUCUGUGGGUGCCAGCGGCACCUCCAUGUGCCACGGGGUGCCUCUUUACUUGUUCGCCCAGGACCAGGCGGACAAGAAAGUUCGAGGCUUCAAUGAGCUGCUGGCGCCGUUGCUGGCGCGCAUUGGCCAGGAUGUGGACCAGUGGCAGCAGCCCACUGCCCUCUUGGAGGACCGAACAGCGGAGUGCCCCAUCUGCUUCGAGACCCUGUGGACAGCCACGCCCACCGCCUUUGUGAAGCUCCUGGAAGGUUCUGGGGAGAGCAUCUUCCACGUGAUCUGUGCUCACUUCUUCUGCUUCGACUGCGCCAGCCAGCAGUACAUGAAGCAGCAGAGCCAGCAGGUCGCCGAAUACUUCUGCCCCAUUUGCCGAGCACAAGCGCACGAGGUGAUGCCCAUGCCGGACAUCGCCGUGAACCCGCGCCUCUGGUUUCAGUUUCUGGACAUGAACCAAUCAGGACAGGUGGACCAGAACGUGGCGGUGCAAGCGCUUGAGGCGAUGCUGCCCAUCGACACGGAGCGGCUGCAUGAUGCGCUGCACGACAGCGAGUGUGGUGUGCGCUGGGCGCAGGGCCAGAUCUCGGAGCUGCACUUCUGGAUGCCUGGGGGGCUGCUGGAGUGGGUGCGCGCCCACCAGCACGACCUGGAGCGCGCCAAGGAUCGCGGCAAGGCGCCAAGGUUGGAGGGGGACCUGCAGGACUGGCUGAGGCACUGGGACCGUGAACGGCGGGGAGAGCUCGACAAGGGCCAGGUACUACGAGCUCUUUGCGAGGCCACACGGAUCUCCUCCCUUGAGACCGCGCGGAUCCAGAAGUUGAAGGAUGGCAUCAAGGAGAUCUGGAGUGAGUACGCCGUGAGCGCUGGGCUCACACGCCAACACUGCCGCAAUGGCUCGGUGGCCGCGAGGCUUCAGAAGUUGGCGGAAGAGGUUUCUUGAGCCAACCUUGCCGCCGACCAUCAGGCUUCGUGUGAAGCAUGGGCGCGUUAGGCCAGCGUUUCCUUCGAACCCCGGUUUCACAGAUUUCCCUAUUCAGGUC